AUGGGUCAAGGUGCGUCAACCUAUGGUAAAGACAAAAAGAAGAAAGAUAAGGAGAAGCCUAAAUAUGAGCCUCCGGUACAGUCAAAAAUUGGACGUAAGAAGAGAAAGGGCCCUGCCACGGCAGAAAAGCUUCCAAAUGUAUAUCCUAGUACCCGUUGCAGAUUAAAGUUGCUGCGAAUGGAAAGGAUCAAGGAUCAUCUGCUCCUGGAGGAAGAGUUCGUAACAAAUUCUGAAAUUCUCAAACCUUUCGAGAAGAAACAGGAAGAGGAAAAAAAACAGUUAGAGGAAAUCCGCGGUACCCCACUGUCGGUAGGCACUCUGGAAGAAAUUAUUGAUGAUGACCAUGCAAUUGUUACAAGCCCAACAACCCCUGACUUUUACGUUUCUAUUUUAUCAUUUGUUGACAAAGAAUUGCUAGAGCCCGGUUGUUCUGUUCUCUUACAUCACAAAACAAUGUCAGUGGUAGGUGUGUUACAAGACGACACAGAUCCGAUGGUUUCAGUCAUGAGAAUCGAUAAGUCACCUACAGAAAAUUACAGCGAUAUAGGAGGUUUGGAGUCUCAGAUUCAAGAGAUCAAAGAGGCAGUCGAACUUCCAUUAACCCAUCCCGAACUCUAUGAAGAAAUGGGUAUCAAACCUCCCAAGGGUGUUAUUCUUUACGGUGCCCCGGGUACUGGUAAGACUCUAUUAGCAAAGGCAGUUGCUAAUCAGACCUCGGCAACUUUUCUAAGGAUUGUGGGAUCAGAAUUAAUACAAAAAUAUCUGGGUGACGGUCCAAGACUUUGUCGACAAAUUUUCAAAGCUGCUGCAGAAAAUGCCCCCAGCAUAGUUUUCAUUGAUGAAAUCGACGCCAUUGGUACAAAACGUUACGAAUCUAACAGUGGUGGUGAAAGAGAAAUUCAAAGAACAAUGCUGGAGUUGCUUAACCAGCUGGACGGGUUCGAUGAUAGAGGAGACAUCAAGGUAAUUAUGGCAACAAACAAAAUCGAGAGCUUAGACCCAGCCUUGAUCAGGCCAGGAAGAAUCGAUAGAAAAAUCCUAUUCGAAAGUCCAGAUAUCUCAACGAAGCGGAAAAUUCUCACCAUUCAUACAUCUAAGAUGAACUUGGCGCCAGAUGUGAAUUUGGAAAACUUAGUGACGUCAAAGGAUGAUCUAUCAGGUGCUGACAUAAAAGCGAUGUGCACAGAGGCAGGUCUGUUGGCCCUCAGGGAGAGAAGAAUGCAAGUCACCGCUGAGGACUUCAAGCAAGCGAAAGAACGGAUUUUGAAAAACAAGGUCGAAGAGAAUCUGGAAGGACUGUAUUUAUAG